AUGAGUUCGGGAGAGUUGCCUUGUUAUACUCUCAUUCACGUUCCCACUGAUGCUGACCUCCCCAAUGAAGCCCAGCUAAAGGAGAAGUUUGAGAAAGGCACUGAUAAGGAGAAAACAGAUGCGCUGAAAAAGUUGAUCUAUAUGAUCCAAAAUGGCGAGAAAGUUGGACAAGGAAUGUUAAUGUACGUCAUCCGAUUCCUGCUUCCCUCAAGCGACCACACGCUGAAGAAGACCUUGCUCAUCUUUUGGGAGGUCGUUCCAAAGACAAAUGCUCAAGGGAAACUUCUCCAAGAAAUGAUUCUUGUUUGUGACGCCUACAGGAAAGAUCUUCAGCAUCCCAACGAAUUCGUUCGUGGGUCCACACUCAGGUUCUUGUGUAAACUGAAGGAGCCUGAAUUACUGGAGCCUUUGAUGCCUUCGAUUAUUGGAUGUCUAGAGCAUCGUCACUCUUAUGUACGUAGAAAUGCUGUUUGCGCCAUCUUCACUAUCUACCGCAACUUCGAGUUCUUGAUUCCUGAUGCUCCUGAAUUGGUGUCAAACUUCCUUGAAGGUGAACAGGAUGCUUCAUGCAAACGGAAUGCAUUCAUGAUGCUUCUUCAUGUCGACCAAGCUCGUGCUCUUGACUAUUUAUCUGGCUGUAUUGACCAAGUAGCUCAAUUUGGUGAUAUUCUGCAAUUGAUAAUCGUGGAACUUAUUUACAAGGUUUGUCAUGCGAAUCCUGCUGAAAGAUCGCGCUUCAUACGAUGUGUCUACAAUCUCCUUCAGUCUUCAUCAGCUGCUGUCAGGUAUGAGGCCGCCGGUACACUAGUAACUCUCUCAGCUGCUCCUGCUGCUAUCAAAGCUGCAGCUACGGCAUACAUUGACCUUAUUGUCAAAGAGAGCGAUAACAAUGUUAAGCUGAUUGUUCUCGAUAGACUGAUGGACCUGCGUCAAACGCCGUCGCAUGAAAAGGUUCUGCAAGAACUCGUCAUGGAUAUCCUAAGGGUGUUGUCAUCGCCCGGACUUGACGUUCGGCAGAAGACACUCAAUCUGGCUCUCGACCUUGUUUCGAGUAGAAAUGUCGAAGACAUGGUUAUGUUCCUGAAAAAGGAGAUAGCAAAGUCAACUUCUGCGUCUGCGGAGGAGGCUGGAAGAUACCGUCAAGCACUCGUCAAGACCCUCCAUGCAGCUACGAUCAAGUUCCCCGAUGUCGCUGCAUCAAUAGUUCCAGUUCUUAUGGAAUUCCUCUCUGAUGAGAAUGAAAUGGCUGCGCAGUAUGUUCUGCUGUUUGUGCGUGAAGCUGUACACAAGCUGCCUCAUCUCAAAGAGACGAUUCUUCAUUCGUUGCAAGAAGGGUUGCCUUCUAUUCGUAAGCCGAAGGUGUUCAUGGCUGCCUUGUGGAUCCUUGGAACGUAUUGCGAGUCUGAUGCUGCAGUACUGUCAGUACUUCGUCUAAUCAAGGCUUCCCUUGGCGAACUGCCACUUGUGGAAACGGAAAUGCGUCUUUCAGAGGGAGAGGAACCAACACACGAGGAGACCACAGAGAAAAAGAAUGUUCCAAAGAGACUGGUCACGGCUGACGGAACCUACGCGGCGCAAUCGGCUCUCUCUGUAUCGACAAAAACUGUCAACAAGGAAAAGCCUCCUCUCAGGCAGUUCCUUCUCGAUGGAGAUUUCUUCCUCGGUGCCUCCUUGGCCACAGUGUUGAACAAACUUGCUGAACAGUUCACGAAGAACAACGAAGCAAACUCACAGAGAUCGAAUCGUUUCCGCGGAGAAUGCAUGUUCAUCCUGGCAUCAAUCAUCAAUCUAGGGAAAAGUGGUCUCGCAAAGCAGAAUAUUACUGAAGAUGAUCUCGAUAGGAUGGGAACAACGAUCAAGUUGCUGGCCCAGGGUUGUUCUGAAUUGGAGGAUGUAUUUGUCGAGAGAUGCAAGGAUAGUCUAGAGCUGAUGUUGUCCAGUCGCCAACAGGACAAGGCAGAUGAAAUAUCAACGAAGAAGAAGAAGAAUAUUGUCGAGGUUGAUAAAACCAUAAUGUUCACACAGCUGAGCGCUCGAGCUGAUGCCAGCAUUGGAGAAAAUCUCUUCGACCUAUCCCUUUCUCAAGCCUUGGGAACGGCUCCCAAAACCCAGAGAUUCGACUUCUCCAGCUCGAAACUUGGCAAAGUUAUCCAGUUGGCCGGUUUUUCCGAUCCCAUCUAUGCAGAAGCUUACGUCAAUGUCAACCAGUAUGAUAUCGUUCUCGACGUACUCAUUGUUAAUCAAACUGCUGACACGCUGCAGAACGUCUCGUUGGAGUUGUCUACGGUUGGCGAUCUCAAGCUUGUCGACAAACCCACACCUAUCACGUUGGCAGCAGCUGACUUCGCCAACAUUAAGGUACAGUUCGUGCGACAAGCACUACAUUUAGAUGCUGCUGUUGUUUGUGACAUAGGCAGCAACCCAUAUCAUUAA